AUGAGUUGCGCAAUAAAACAGUUGAUCGAUGAAAAUACUGUAACGGAGUGCGGCUUUGAAUGGGUCGUACUCGGUCAGAAUGGCACCAGAAUAAUGAAAGACGCACUCUUCAAUAUGAACUGGUCGAUCAGUGGUCCUGCCAUAACGCGUAAGAUUUUGGUAUUACUAUUCAGUCGUGAAGUGCUUUCUAUACACACGCUGUUUGGUAAGCCAUCGCCGGCCUUUAUGAGCAUAAACAAGCCCAUCAAGGGUCAAUUGGAUCCAUUGAUUGUUGGUGAUUUAAUCGAAUUCAUGGCUCUCACUAAGGAUAUGUCGUCCAGGGAAGUACGCAAUGCGAUAACUACAAAGUGCGCCGAUGAAUUUAAAAUGUUACGUCAACGUGUGGAAGGUCGACAGGAAAACAAUUUUGGUAAGGGUAUUGCAAAGUUGGAGACAACGAACUAA